AUGAUCGAAGAUUGCAGGACCAGCCUCACGUCGCCACUGAGUGCUCUUCACUCGAUUCCUGGGCAAACGGAGACCACCACAGUGUCUUUGGCGACACUGUCUGCCAAUGCUCUCCAAUUAUUUGCGGAUCUCGCCAUCAUUGCACCUGAUGAUGUAGAAGCCCAGGGUCCCUCAGCCGAUCUCAGCAUUCAGCAACAACGUGAGAGACUAGUUCUAUGGACGUCCAACCUUGGAGCCACGCACCUUGGUCAUAGUUCGUUGGAUUAUCGUCUUCGGCAAGCUGAUGUGGUGCGCGAUGCCAUUGAGGCCUUCUUAAAUGACCUGUGCGAGUCACUGCUCGAAUGUAAGGAGUUCCUCGUUCAUGGCGACCUGAGCGUCAUGGAGGACGUCAACGCGUCUGCCGAGACGGAACGACUUCCCGACUACCCAGAUCAAGCAGUUGAAGCAGUUGAAGCCACCCAACAGAGCAUGCUGGAGGCCGAUUAUGGCUCAGAAAGUGGCGGCCUUGGGGAGCAAAACUUCAGCUUGAUUCUUCAGAGCAUAGCGGAGACAAUCAACUGCCUUUACAAAAUCGCCACACGCAUCAGGAACCCUACGACCAGAACCUUGUCCAAGAAGGUCCUCGAGUUCGCAAUGACAGAUCGCGAAACCGGGGUUGAUUUGGCGGAAGAGUAUGCCUCGCUUGAUCGGAAACACUUGUGUGAGGUGUUCAGACAUUAUCGAUUUUUUGACCUAUUUUGUUCCCCUGAGGAGGCCGCAAUUACACCUCAAGCUUUAGACUCCGCUCGAAGAGAACCAUUGGAUUUCCUCGCCCAGCGUCUUGCAAAGGCGAACACUACUCGACGAAAACAGUUCGCAUACUGGAGCCGACACCGAAAGAAGCUCGAUGCAUGGACUAUACGAGUUCGACAGGAACAACCUCAACAAGCUGCACAAAGCGCACAAGGCGCCGUCACUCUUGCACGCUCGGUUCAUGCUGACUCCAUAGUCCCUUCUCUGCCGACUACCGCGACUACUUUGGCUUCGGCCCAAAUUGACCUUGGAGACACCGAAUCCAUGGUUACAGUCUCAGAUUACGCGGUAUCAAAUCGCAGCGCCUCUACCACUAAGAGGGAGAUUUCAGAAAUACCAGAACCGCCUUCAAGGCUCAAGGGCCAGCGCUAUUUCGAAUGUCCAUACUGCUUGACACUGUGUUCUGGAGCAUACCUUGGAAAGAAGGCAUGGAGGCAAGUUUGA